GGGCGGCAGUCGCGCGGCGGCGAGGCGCGAGCAUGAACAUCCUGUUCCGACGCAACUUCCGCACGGAGAGCACGGGCCGCGGGGAGAAGCGGCGGCAGGACCGGCCGCGCGGCAAGCGACCCCGCGAGGAGCACCACUUCCGCACGCACAUCUUCCUCAGCCCCUCAGGUCAGAACCUGUUCGAGCACGAGGGAGCAUUGCGGCAGGAGGGGCGGGGCACCGGGGCGUUCCUCAAGUGGGCGAUGGGCGGCCGGCGCAAGCCCAGCUGCCGCGGGGGCGGGGACAGCCUCGCCCCCGACACCCCCACCCCCACCGAGUCCCGCCACGUGAGCUUCAGCACGGCGGACUGCCCCUCGGCGGCGGCCGCCCCCGUCUCGCUCGCCACGCUGGACCGCGACUGCUUCAUCAUCCCCGUGGCGAGGCUCGACCGCUUCCUGCCCGCCGGAGUGCCUAUGCCGCUGCUGAGGAAGUCCCCCGGGCGGCUGAGCAUGCUCGAGGUGGACGACCCCAAGCUGUGCAUGCUGAUGCACCUGAUGACCUCGCUGGAGCCCAUCGACCCGGUGCUGGAGUCGCCGCUGGACUGCCCGGCGACCCAGCAGCGCAGCAAUGCGAUCGAGCUGCUGAACGAGGUGGGCGCAGCCAAGGCAGCUGCGCAGGGCAUGCUGCUGGCCAACCUCGAGAAGAACGCCGAGUUCCCGUUCAUCUCGUACUACGUGGUGGACAAGCGGCGCGCCGACCCGGAGGAGCUGUACCGCGACCUGCGCGCCGCCGCGCUGCGCCGCUUCCACCCGCGCCUCACGCGCCACACGGUCGAGCACACGCUCGAGCUGUUCGACGAGGUGGCGACCAUCGCGCGCCCGCCCCUCGACCCGCGCCGGGAGCGGCCCCCGCCGCCCGCCACCGGCUACAUCGUGUCCGUGUACCGGGUCUUCCAGGGCGACGACCGCGAGGCGCUCGAGAGGAACUGGCUCUACUGGACCGGGGCGCGCAUGCUGUACCGCUACCUGCCCAAGAGCGUGGGGCUGCGGAGGAUCACGCUGCACAAGUCCGUGUCGGGCGGAGACAAGAUGUACCUGCUGCUGUGCGAGUGCUCCAACUUCCUCGACAACCUCUCUGCGGCGGCCAUCUUGCUGCCGGCCAUGAGGGCACGCCUCUGCGGCUACACGGGUCUCUACCGCACCUGCCAGUCCUUCUGAGGUUCGCGGAGUCGAUGGAUUGUCAACCCUGCACCACCGCACUCUGCAUGCAGAGACUCGUCUGCCCACUGGAGAGCACAGCGCCAACAUUCCAGCGGCCGGCCGGCUGUGUGCUGUGCUCCUCGUGAGACUUUCCACCUCCAGCUCCAACUGUGAUGUCUGCACUCUUAUCUCACCCCCUACUGAUUCAGCCCGCUGCUGGCUGAAUAUGUGAUACAUUUGUGUUACACACAAGCUGAAUCAUUAAACUUACUUUUUCAAAGUUAAUUUUCGUCUUGCGUAAACUAAAAUGAGCUGAUCGUUAUAGGAACUGGGCAGCUACGUUGAAUUUUUUUAUACAGAUACAGAUCCUGAUACUAAACAGAAUUUUAUAAUUGCCUGUUCAUAUUAAUAAAUGAUACAUGUUCGUACCACGUGUAUUCAAAGAACGUGUUAUAUAUAUAUAUUUAUAUAUAUACAAUCAGCCGCGUUCUUUGGGCUAUUAAAUGUCUAAAAUCAACCAAAUCAGCAGGAGUAGAUGGUAUUCCCAACUUUAUUAUUAAAGGCUGCAAGGAGAUAUUAGCACCUAUAUUAGCUCACAUUUUCAAUAAAAGUCUGACUUCUGGAAUCUAUCCAAAAUUAUGGAAACAAGCUAUUGUUGUCCCAGUAUUAAAAAAAGGUGAUAGACAAUUAGUUACUAAUUAUAGACCGAUAUCACUUUUAUGUGGCUUUUCUAAAGUUUUUGAAAAAAUUAUACAUAAACAUAUUUCUUUUCAUACAUCCCAUUUAAUAGCGGAUAGUCAACACGGUUUUGUACCUGGUAAAACUACGAUCACAAAUUUAUUUGCGUUUGUUAAUUAUACGUACGGCGAAAUUUUAUCCCGCAAACAAGUGGAUGCUAUAUAUUUCGAUUUAAGUAAAGCAUUUGAUACAUGCAAGCACUCUCUAAUUGUAGAUAAAUUAACUAGUUUUGGUUUGAAUGCCUCCUACACUAAUUUGUUCUGUAACUAUCUAAAUGAAAGAUCCUUUGCUGUUCGUAUUUGUAGCACUUUAUCUUCAUCUUUUAAUGCACCGUCUGGUGUUCCUCAGGGUGGAACCUUAUCACCUUACUUAUUUGUAAUUUUUAUAAACGACAUAGUUAAUGUUAUUCAGCAUUCGAGAGCUUUGCUCUAUGCGGAUGAUCUAAAAAUAUAUAGUACCAUUAGAACACCAAGUGAUUGUUUAUUGCUGCAAGAAGAUAUAAAUAAUGUAACUAAGUGGUGUCAAACUAACGGAAUGAAAUUAAAUCUUAAGAAGAUUAAAAUAAUAUCAUAUUCUAGGAAAACAUAUACAGAAAAUUUUAACUAUGUAAUAAACAACAACAUGAUACAGAGAACUUAUUGUAUGCGUGAUCUAGGUAUUCUCUUAGAUUCAAAAUUUUACUUUCAUCACCACGUGGAUAAUUUAAUUGCAAGUGCAAACAAAAUAAUUGGGCUUAUAAAAUAUUUAACUUAUUUGGCUAGCUCUCUUGAUUCUGUAAUUAGUCUUUAUUUUACCUUAGUAAGAUCGAGAUUAGAGUAUGGCUCUGUCAUCUGGAACUCUAUAACUACCACUGACUCAAAUAGACUUGAAAAUAUACAAAAGAAAUUGUUCAGAUACAUUUAUACAAACAUUUAAUAGAUGAUAAUUCAGAGAAUUUUAACUACGAUCUAACCCUUGAAACCCUGAACACGCAUACACUGCAGUUUAGAAGGAAAGUUUCUGAUACUGUUUUUGUAAUUAAUUGUUUUAUAAAUGUUUACCACAGCACUGAAAUAUUAAACAAAAUUGGUCUUCGA